CGGGAACUUAACCACCACAACAAGCACUUUUCCAGCUCGGGUUAUUGAUUUAGACUGACAAAGACGUAGUUAUAUGUGAGAGAAACGCUGGAACUCAUAUUACAGAGAGAGAACCAUGUGAAAUCACAAGGCAUCAGCACCGGUUCGGGACCGCGCGAGGCACAUUCGAUUUCCCACAAAACUUCUUCACUCUCUCUACCCGCUCAUCUCUCAUCUCACACUCAACCCCCUUGUCAUCAUAUCUCGCUCACUCACACGCCAAACUACAUGAUGACAUCCACGCCAUUAAGUACGGUCGCCAAGGAGGCCGCAAAGAACGCCGCUGCCUUCACGGCGGGCCGCGCCGCCUUCAAGCCGCGCUUGACCUACGACGUGUCCCCCAACAUCCCGCGCUCCUUCUUCCUCGGCCACCACCACGCCGGCCUUGCCCGCAUGCGCCAGACCCUGUCCACCAUCGGCCUGAUCAUCGAGUGCCGCGACUUCCGGGUACCCAUCACCUCCUGGAACCCGCUCCUCGAGCAGUCCCUGGCCGCCUCGUCCGCCUCCGAGCGCGCCCGCAUCAUCGUCUACACCCACCGCGACCUGGGGCCCGACGACCACCCCCCCGUGUCCGUCUCCUCCACCGCCGCCCGCCACCUCCGCGACUUCCACCUGCGGCACAACCACGCCGUCGAGGUGCUCUUCACCGGCACCGGCCCUUCCUACAAGUCCCCGACCGGCGCCCUCCUCUCCGCCGUCAAGCGCGUCGCCCGCGAGCGCGACAGCCUGACGGGGCUGCGCGCCCUCGUCGUCGGCAUGCCCAACGCCGGCAAGUCGACGCUGCUCAACGCGCUGCGCCGGCGCAGCGGCAUCGGCAGGCCCGCCGCCGCCGCCGCCGCCCCCAAGGUGGCCCGCACCGGCGCCAACCCGGGCGUCACGCGCAAGCUGAGCUCGCCCGUGCGAAUCGUGCCGCCCGAGACGCCCGACGACCCGUCGCUGCGCGGCGUCGGCGAGGGCGUCUUCGUCGUCGACACCCCGGGCGUCUUCAUCCCGUACGUCUCCGACCCGGAGAAGAUGCUCAAGCUGGCGCUGGUGGGCUGCGUCCGCGACGGCAUCCUGCCGCGCGAGACGCUGGCCGACUACCUGCUGUACCGGCUGAACCUGGACUACGGCACCGGCACCGGCGCCGGCGGCGAGCCCGCGUACGUCGCCCGGCUGGGCAUGGACGGGCCGACCAACGACGUGACCGAGUUCCUCGAGGCCGUCGCGAGGCGCCUCGGCAAGUUGGCCAAGGGAGGCCGGGCCAACUACGACGCGGCGGCCGAGUGGGCGGUGCAGGAAUGGAGGAGCGGCGGGCUCGGGAAGGCCCUCUUGGACGAGGUCACUCCCGAGUCGCUGGCGGCGGCCAUGGAGGAGGCCAGGGAGACGGCGUUGAGCAUGAAUCAGGCCAGGAAGAAGGACAAACAGGCUAGGAAGGCGAGGAACGAAGCCAAGAGAUUGGGUAUCUCGGACGCUGAUGAAGGGGAUUAGAUUAGCAAGCAAGCAAGCAAGGGGAAGAGCGGGAUCUGCGGAGGCUCACUUUCUUGCGUACUAUUAUGGAUGUAAUAUUAAAAAUUGGAUUCUGUUCGGCCCGGGUUGAAUGAAAGCUUGGCCACAUACAAGCUUCAAAGAUGGCUCCCAUGACGGACGGACAAGCCUCUUUUCUUCGCGACUCAGUAUGAAAGCAGUUUAUUAGCCCCCCCCCCCUGUGAAUACAGAUCGGAAACCAAAGUAAAAACGGCCAAGACGAAAAAGGAUAUCCC